CUCGUGUGUAUAUGUCUUGUUCACGCUAAGCAAGGUAAACAUCUGGAGGAGGCCGUGGGUGGUAAACACGGUAACCAGAUGGCUGUGCUCGCCGUUGACCCAGACGCAAUGGAAUAAUUGCCUAAUUUGCCGUCGCUGUUGUACUCUGUGUUCUACAAUGGACGUGGCAUCCAGGUUCUCAUCAUGACCAGUGUUAAACCCUGGCAGCAAAGCCAUGGCUACCGUGUUCGACCACAAUCGAAACUCGACGGGACUCAAGUUUCCCAAGAAAGAAUGGACCAGAGAGAUAGAGCGCAGUUGGGACCAGGCGCUUCCGGUGCCCAAGUGGGCUGUACGCUUGGGACCAUGGCUAGUGGCAGGGGCUUCAUUGGCUUGUUUUGGCCACAGCCUAGCCGGUGACUUUGUGUUUGACGACACAGAGGCUGUGGUGCACAAUGUGGACAUCCAGCCAGAGAUCCCACUGCGACGCAUCUUUGAAGACGAUUUUUGGGGCACCGAGUUACAUUCGGAGUCGAGCCACAAAUCUUACCGACCCCUCACCACGCUGACAUUCAAGCUCAACUACAUGGUGGCGGGAGGCCUGGUAGCUAGCCACUUUCAUGCUGUCAAUGUGGUUCUCCAUGCUUUCGUCUCGCUUCUCACUCUUCAUCUCUUCAGGGCGCUUUUACAGGGGGCAUCACGUGCCUCUCUCAUCUGUGCCCUACUCUUCGCUGUGCACCCGGUCCACACAGAAAGCGUGGCAGCUGUGGUGGGUAGGGCAGACCUCCUGUGUGCAGUUUUCUUCAUCCUCUCCUUCCUAUCUUUCAUUCGCUCCUGCUCAUCAGGUGCGUGCUUUUCCUGGCUGCAUGAUGACUCUGCAAAGAUUGAAAAAAAUACUACCCCUCUUUUUCUGUUAUUGCUUUUUUUAGGGUCUGCCUGGACAUCGUGUGUCUGGCUCAUUGCAUCUGCCUCUUUGAGCAUUGUGUCUAUGCUUUGCAAGGAACCAGGCAUUACAGUCAUAGGGUUGUGCUUCAUAUAUGAUGCAGUUGUCAUCUGUAAGCUUGAUCUACACUACAUCAUCACCAGGAGAAGUGGCAUGGUUCAACUAAAGAACCAGCUUUUUCCAGCAGCUGUGCGGCAGGGUGUACUCGCCUUGGUGGGCUGUGGAGCACUGGCUGUACGCUGGAAGGUCAUGGGCUCGUCCUCGCCGGUGUUCCAAAGGAUCGACAAUCCAGCUUCGUUUGAGGAGAGCCUCUUUGUGAGGGUGACAAACUACAACCAUGUGUAUGCCCUGAAUGCCUGGCUGUUGCUGUGCCCACAGUGGUUGUGCUUUGAUUGGUCCAUGGGCUGCCUGACACUCAUCCGUUCCAUCACUGACAUUCGCAUUAUCAGUGUUCUUGCCCUCUGGCUCUCCCUUGCUAUACUCAUCAGUCGAAUGGUGCUUGCACCAGAUGCCCAGCUGCGAAGGUUGCUGUGCCUAUCACUGUCUCUGUUGGUGGUGCCAUUUCUGCCUGCUUCGAACAUUUUCUUUCGUGUGGGUUUCGUUGUGGCCGAGCGGGUGCUCUAUCUUCCAAGUAUGGGCUUCUGCUUGUUGCUUGUCCUCGGAAUGACACGACUUGCUGCAGCUUUGCCCCAAGCACCCAAGGUCUUGCAGUACUGUCUGAUCAUGCUUCUGGUGGUUUUCACAGUUAGGAGCAUGCAGAGAUGUCAUGAGUGGACAAAAGAAUCCUCACUGUUCGAGUCCGGUCUCAAAGUAUGUCCAGGAAACGCCAAGGUGCACUACAAUUUUGCCAAGAAUGUGGGCGAUAGUGGGGAACGAGAGGGGGCCAUUCAGGGCUACCGAGAAGCACUGCGCCUGCACCCUGACUACGACCAGGCGAUGAACAACCUGGCAAACAUCCUUCGGGACGUAGGACAGCUGCAAGAGGCUCAAGCCUUGCUUCGCAGGGCUGUCCAGCUCAGGCCAGAUUUUGCAGCCGCCUGGAUGAAUCUAGGCAUUGUUCAGAGCAGUCUAGGCCUUCUGGAUGAUGCUGAGCAGAGCUACCGAACUGCCAUAAGCCACAGAGCCAAGUAUCCAGACUGCUACUACAAUCUCGGAAAUCUGUACUUAGAGCAAAAGCGCUAUGAAGACGCCUACCGCGCAUGGCGCAAUGCCACUCGGCAGCGGCCAACACACCUCGUCUCGUGGAACAACCUUGUCCUAAUGCUGGACCAGAGGGGCCAUGCCUCCGACGCUGAACAUGCUGCACUCCAGGCUCUGAGGCACCUCCCCCACGAACCUGCCCUUCAUUUCCAACUGGCCAAUAUCCUUGAGGCAGGAAAAUACCAGCGCUCGGAGCAGCAUUUCCUGGCAGCCAUUCGAUUCAGUCCGGACAAUCCUACCUAUCACACCAACCUUGGUGUGCUCUACCACCGCUGGAAGAAAUAUGACCAGGCAGAGGAGCGCUACCGACAUGCACUGAAGCUCAAGCCUGACCUUAAGAGUGCCCGUGACAACUUGAACAUGCUGCUGCAGCAGACAAGGCUACAGGCUGUUGAGACAUAACGUUGAUCCAAGCAUUGAAGGCUGUAGUGGUAGAGCGACCCGCAUGGGCACCGGCAGGGGGUGUGCAAAAGGGGGUAUUUGCCCCCCCUCAGGCCCCACCAGUAGAUGCCCCCCACCCAAGCUACGCCAGUGCUCGUCGUUCCUCAAGCUACAGUGUGACACGAGUUUGCACCCCUCGAAACAAAAUCCUGCCAAAAUGCAUGGUCACAUGAUAUGCACAUUAAUCUCAGCUUAGCAAGCAUUACAUGAGCCUUUCCUACAAAUUUAGUUCGACAAGUUACAAAUCAGCAACAGUUUCCAAAUGAUGAUGUUUAUAACAAGUUGUAUACCUUAUCACUCGCUCUUGCAAAUGACUUCAAUUGUUAGUAAUUUCAGCUCAUUUACAAUGUUUUAGUCCUGCAGAAAUGAACCUACAUUGCUGGUAGCUAACCUGAGUGCUAGACUGUAAAGAAACAGAAAUGACGCAUUCUGUUUUAUUUUUAUAAGCCUUCUUCCCAAGUCUAGAGCCAUCUUGAAAUGUUUGUCACUGUCACUCAUUGUGUGGUCUUGUCUAGAUACGUUUGAAGUUUUUCAACAUAAAUCGUAGUUUCGUGCGGCUCGGAGCAGUUGCAGAAUGCUCGAGCAACUGUACUCUUGUUUAAUUGGACAAAUCUAACUGUGGCCGUGUGCAAACUGAGCCACAUUGAAUCCUGGUCGUUUUUAUCGUGCAUUGGUGAUUCUGGAAAUAUGAUGUAGUAUGUGGACACUACAUGCUGAUCAAAGCAUUGUGUCAAUGCUGAGUGUCACCACGAAUUCACUGCAUGAAAUGGGUAUAGUACUGUACGUUGAUGGAAAAUGCAGUGAUCGUGCAAAAACAUGAAUGACAUUGUGCACCACCACUGAAUAUUAGAUGAAGCCAUUCCUAUCUGAUAAACUGAGAAGUGACUGAAUUUCACUGAACGCAUGGACUCGUACUGUGGAGUGCAAGAAGAGGGCUUAUAGUUCAAAAGUUCAUCAAACAGUGCGGUGCAGCUGCAGAACUUCCUGCCAAUCAACCACUGGCUUGUAAGGAAUGUGCUUGCAUAAAAAUGCAGGGUAUGCAGGGGCUUAUGAAGGCAGUAUUGAUUUCAUAGGCCUCUGGUUUAGGAUGAUUUUAUUUUGAUAGUUUUUACUUUGACUAUAUGUUCUAUAUCAUUCUAGAAACCACCUCAAAGAACUCAUCACAUAUAUACAAUACGUACAUUCUGUACUCUAAAUGAUCUGAGGUAAUAUUCUUACAUAUGGUAUAGAGAACAGAAAUCAUUCUCACCGUUUGUUAAUUUAGUGCAUUUGAUGUAUAAUACAACUCAUGGAAUAAUACAUGACAGGGAGAUUAAGUUAACGCUCGGCACGUUAAGUUGCUUGAGAAAACCAUGUGGUGUAGCUAAAAAUUCGGUCUAUUGAACUUAUAUUGAUUGAAGUACUAUAUAAGGGUCACAAUUGUGCAGAUUCCGCAAAAAUAUCAGCUGGUAAAAAUAAAAUUCUGCACAUUAGUUAUCCCUAAGUUAACUGUUUUAUUCCGAGUGAACUGUGCAGUCGUGGACGAAUAAAAUGUGAACAAAACAUUGCAGUAGAGAACAGUUUUGGCAUGUCAUGGUCUGAGAGCAUUGUCUCAUACAUCUAAGUAUCUGGUUGUCGGAGACAGUUCAGCCGUCCCAAUAACCUUGUAAGACAAAAUUGUGCUUGGCAUUGUAUGUACUGGUAAAAAGAAAAGUAUGUGUUCGAGCCAGCUGUAACUCGUCGUCAGGCUCACAGCCAAGAAUUUAUUUCGGGGAGGUUGGAGGAAAGAGAGAGAAAAAAAGGAAGGCACACUUGUCAAAGGUAUUGAAAAACUCUUAUUCUUUGUCCUCGGCAAAACACCCCCCUUGAUCCGAAUUUCGGGGGCACCGGACCCUUGCACAACCCCGUGGUUAUGGGCCUGCUUGUCAAUGUCCACGACUCUACAUGCUUUUAAGUUGUGGCUGCAUGUGGUCCCAUUUUUUUUCCUGUUUGCAUGCAUGUGUGUUUCCACGAAUCUGAUGUUGUAGGUUAUGUGCCAUCAACAUGUGUCCACCUGUUGCUGUUCUCCAAGGACACCUCUACUUUCAUGUUUGCCUUCUCUAGAGCAGUAUGAUAACAUGUUUCACUACCUUGAUGCAUCAGUUUAGACCAUAUAAUUUGAAGAUGUGUUUUAUGAAUCUCUUGGUAAUCUGCUUGUGAUUAAUGUUGCUGUGCUUCUCUGACACAUUAGUUGUGAAGCUUCUCCUCUGUGAAACAAAAGCAAAAUGAGACCCACAUUGUAGCGUGCCUAGCUCUCUUACAGGUGGCAUUGCAAUGCCCAGAGUUGAAGUCCUGUUCUGGUUGGCGACCUUCUCAGUAGCUAGUGAUCGAAGAGCAUUGUUGAUGGUUUCAUUGUCUAAUGACCAAAAGCAAUAAUGUAACAAAACGUUUUGUCCAUACGAAGUGUAUAUUGCAGCCAAUCUGUGGGAUUAUGCCGCAUUGUUCCUGCGAAAUUGGUAAUAAUUCAACUUUUUGUUAUCUCGUCACAACAAGUUCUAACAACUUUCGAAAGUAAUAAGUAAUUGUUGUAAGGAAAGCGCUGUGUAUAAGCCAACUAUAAUGCACAUGUGCUGUAAUAUACAGGCAUUUAUUUGCUUAAAAGAAGGGAUAAUCAAGUUUCUGUAAUAUGAAAAUGAGCACUGUUACCAUGUGCAGAGGUUUCUUAUAUAGGAAGCUGAGGCAAGUGGGUAUGGGUAUAUCCUGGAAAAAUCACUUUGAGCAAGGGCAUGUGUUUGCUCUUUUUUUUUCCAUGCUGUCGUCUUAAACACCUGUUCAAAGUUGAAUCAGAGUGGAGUCUUGGAAGGCCAGAAAACAUGCUAGACAAACUAGUCGAGGUGCCACCUUGAAGUUCCCGCAAUUCGAUUCCUGGUGUCGGGAAUUUUGUCAGCCUCUGCUCAGGAUAUGAUGUAGAGUAUCGGGUUUUAACGUUCUAAAAUCAUAAUGUCAUUAUGAAGCACACCAUGGUGGAAGGUCAAAAUUUUGGCCAUUUGGUGUGUUUAAUAUGCACUAUCGUUGCACAGUACACUGCCCUCAAGCUUUGCACCUCCAUCAAAAUGUAACCACUGUUGCUGGUAUGGAAUCCUUAACUUUCCACUAUUCAAUGUGCAACGAGUAUAUCACAUUUUGGUGGAACCAAAAAUGGAACUUGGCAAGCUUUGAUACCUUAUUAUACAAAAGCAAUAAGAAAGAAAUUAUCUAUUGUCCAGGCUCACCAUUGAAUAUACACAGAGAAAUACACCCUACCAGACUUUUGUUUGUAUAAGUCUAACUAUAGCCUCAUAAUGCACUUCAAGUUUAUGCGUUUCGCGAGGUGUUCUCCGCCAGGGGUAAAAUAGGUCACCUCAUUCAGCGGAGCUAGUGAAUGCUGAGUAUGCGGGUGGUCAGACGACUGCAUGCGUAUGAAACGGAGCAGCAGUGACCUGGGGCGAUAAAGUAAAGUAUAAUACAAUCGACCCACUUGUGGACGUUUUCGCUAUAUGAUCACUUAUUUUAUUCACACACUAUUCUUUAUAGCCUGGCAACCAGGCUAGUUUAACUUUUCUCAAGUACACACGCACUAGCGCAUAGAACACCGCUAUAAGAUGUACUCCGCACCAACAGAAAUUUCACAACAGAGUCUUUUAUUGUAACAACAGAUGUAACUGAUGUGUGUGACUUCUGUAGUGCAAGCACCACUGCCAUAAGUUCAGCCACAGAAGCUCGUAUGAAAUCUCGUAGUCAAACAAAACAAGGUCAAUCAAAUGUCUGGCUAAAAGUACCAGCACCCGACUUUUCAUCACUCUGUGAUACAUCUCUUUAAGGUUACUUCUGAUAUUAACAGAUGUAACCAAGUCUUUCACUUCAUUUUUUUUUUUAAGAAUGAGGUGCUUGCACUCGCAUGAAUGCACUAAACGUGAUUCAUGCUACAACUCUAGAAAGUUCUGAUGUGAGCAAAAUAAUGUAAUUUCCGCAAUGCUCAACUGCUGCUUUUAAAGUUUCAAUAGUUGCUAUAAGUUUUUCUAUUUGCAAUAUUGUCUCACUUUCUUUUUGCUAUGUGAGAGGCCAUGCUUCCUUUUUCUGCCAUGUUCUGCUUCUUCUAAGAACUAGUAGUGUAUUAGAAGGCAUCGAUCUAUGUGUGAGACUCAUCUGCAUACUCUUCACUGUAGUACUUACACCAGCAUGUGUUUUUGGUGUCAUGUUCAAAUCCAUGCUUUUGUUAAUGAGCAUUGUUAUGUACUUCUAGGUUGCCCCUAAAUUUUAGAAUUUAAUUUGCAUGCAUGUAUAUAUUAAGAUCAACAUUAUUUGUCUUUAUUAGUGUGUUAGGUCCUUGUCCCAGCGUUGCAACAUCAUUCUGUCGGUUGUAUAGCCAUAAUGUCAAAGUUUUCGCCAGUCUUUCUGCGUGAACCUUGUGUGAAAAGUUGGAAAUAUUUUGUAAGAAAAUUUUGAAAGAGUCCAGUAGCAAUAGGCGAUGUUUGUUGUUCUUCCAGUGUGAAGGUCCUGAUAAGCCUUUCGACGUUUAAAUGUUAGAUUCCUGCACAUAUCACCGUGAUUAAUGUCACAAUGCACAAUCAGAAAACUUGCACAUAUCACUGUUGAUGUUUCCCCUCUGUUAUCUACCUCGACCGUGUGUGUGCUCAGAACGUUGUACGUGUUGCACGUCGUUAAAAUUGUAGAUGUGUGUUGAAGCACGACUGUGUUUGGAACGUUUCCUCCUGAAAUAAAAUAUUCGUGCAACAAAA